CUUGUUUUCAAAAUGGUGGCCUCAAUGAAGCUGAGAUCAUACAUAGAAUAAAUUCUCAUUUUCAACAUGCCAUUUAAAAGUUUUUUUGUAAGAACUGACAAUUCAACACAGUAUUCAUGCUUCAACCGAUGAAAAGACUGGGCGGAGAUAUCACCAGAGAAGACCAGUCAGGAGAUCUUUGGUUUUGGAAACCGGUUCAUCAAGGCUGAUGUCUGUAUCAUUGAGUCAAACGCUGGUGAAGCCAACGAAAAGAAAACUACAACUUAUGCUUUCAAAACCAUGGUGUCAGUGCUGAAGGUUUACAACAAGUUGCCAAAUGAAAGCAUAUGGACCGUGAUCCUGAGGGAAAACAAGCAGUGUCCCUGAGACUAUCCAGGGUGCUCGGGGACAUCGGGGUCACAAGGGAGAUGGUCAUUUGGAGGAGGAAGACAUGGUUGACCAUUGAAAAGCUUGCAACUUUCUUUGGUACUACUGACAAAACUAAAGACUUACACUAUUCCUUCUUUGGAAGCCAAUCUGAAGGCACGACGACUUUCGGAAUGAAUUCAGAUAUAGAUGUUUUAAACACUAACUAUGCCACACAUGUACUGCUGGAGAUGUCUGAAUGGCGGUCUGGAAGAAUACAGAGCCUCCUGGUUCUUAAAAAUGAGCAUUCCCCGCCCCAACAUUGCAACAUGCAGAUGGUCAGGCCGGACAUUCCAGUGCCAAUCACAUUGAACAUGGUAAGAGAGGAAUCAAAGACAGCGAUAGCGGACAUGGAGGGGAGGAUGCUUCUUAAAAACUCAUACUUUGACAUAUUGAAUAGACAUUUUUACGGAAACGAAUAUGUUAAAAACGGUCCGUCUAGAAGUCUGAGUAAAGAUUAUGAUAGUGUGAAUGCGCUGUCCUGUACCAGACUCCGAGAUGAAUGUAUGUUCUUCCUUCGCAGACCACGGCCUGGGCAUUGGCCCAGCCUUGCGUUAUUGAAAAAGGCAAAAAAGACUCGAACAUAUUUUGUCCCACAGGGACAUGCUGAGAGUAGUUAUCCCACACUGGAAUGGAGAUUUUCUACACCUCACAUAGAAAGGCUGCUGAUAUUUGACUUGAAUAUGAUCAAACUUAAAGUAUACAUAGUUCUCAAAGUAUUAAGAAUAACAUAUUUCAAGCCCAUAUUUGAUGAUAGGUUAAGCACAUUCCACUUUAAGACAGCCUUAUUGUUUACCGUGGAAACAUAUCAACCAAAAAUCUGGAAAAAGAAAAAUAUUCUACAGUGUGUUAUCUACUGUCUUACCACACUUGAGCGCUGGUGUAGGAUACAUUAUUGCCCACAUUACACUAUAUCUGGCGUGGACUUGUUUGUUGGGAAACUGAAGAAGUUUGAGCUGCCACGUAUCUCAGCAAUGUUGUCAGAUAUGAUAGAAAACAUAAGCAAUUAUCUGGUAGACAUAGAAAUGGACCGAUUGGGUGAGAGAAUGCAAAUGUUAACAGGAACCAAAUUCCAUAUCGUGAACCUAUCAUCAAAAUCUGACAAUGAACAAAGCACACUGAAGUACUGUUUGGAGGAACUUCUAAAAGAAUUUUACAACAUAUCAACAAUCUUAGGACUUUCAAAAGAGGAAAGUGCCUCACAGCUUAUCAUAGUAUGUACAAAAGCGGUAAGCGAUUGCCAGUCAUUCAUAAAGGACACUAAGCAAGAGUUUACUAAGGAUGUAUUUUGCAUGUUAAUAAUUUAUUUGAAAUCCAUCUUAGUGUCAGUACAUGGAUCUGUUUGUAUAGAGUCACGUCAAAAUAUCGCAGAACAAAUGAACCAACCGUACCAAGGUUCUUUGGAUUUGUCUUCCGGUAGAUUGAAAUUUGCCUCAAUGUUGUACUGCACCGGGCAGUAUGAGAAGGCAGCAGCAAUGUUGGAACAAACAGAGCAACUUCUGCAUCCAGACGUGUGGCAGCUCAGUUUUGCAGCAGAAAUUUUAAACGUCGGACGCAAUCGUAUCUUUUUGAGGAAACUACUGGACCAACCUGUUUCAGAGAUUGUUAAGACAUUUGUUUUACUCAGUGUCACGUUCUUCCGCCAGGAACUAAACUGUGUACCCAAACAUUUGGUGUAUGAGAUGUACAGAACUUUCACACCUGCAGACAUUCAACAACGUAAAGCCGGUGAACUUUAUAUGGCCUUUGCAAUUAUUGAAUCACUUCCAUUUCUCUACUACUUGCAGUACCUCACAUACAGAAAACUUGAACAACAUGACAAAAAAAAUUCAGCAUUAAUUAAACUUGCUGACUACGUUAAAGAUACAAGAGAUUUGUGUAGCUAUAUCGAGACGACGUUAAAUGUACUAGGCCACUGUUUUGAACUGGAAGACAUGCUUGACCUGGCUUGGAAAUGCUACUCUAGUUCUCUGAGAAUGUUUCCCUACAACAACGCUGCAAGGUGGCACAUGGCAGUUAUAAUAAACAAACUAAUUAACCAAUGAUUGAUUGAUAGCCUCUCAUAGAAAAAACAAAUCCUUACUAGUCAAAAGAGGAACUUUUUGAUGCUGCUUAACAGCACAGCAUGAUGACAUUAUAGAUAACACAACCAUGACGUCAGUCACCUAGAAACAUGUGGUUAAGAAACGGGCAUACGUUUAGCUGGUUCUAUUGAUUUACAAUUAUGCGAAUGCUAAGAACACCCACGUGAUUUUAAAAAGAACCAAACACUAUGGAAGCGUUAAAUGGACUUCCAAAAUAUCCACUUUGUCAUCAAUGUUGUGUUGUUUACAUUAUGUAUGUAUGUAUAUUAUAACACUAUGAAAUAAAAGAACGAUAUGUAGUUGCAUUAUUAUGAUGAAAAUCUACUUUGUUAUCAAUAUGUCUUUUAGACGAAUUGUUUUACGGAGAAAAAAAAUUGGAUGGUCCAAAACUUUUCCUUUGUAUUAGAAAAAAUGCAAUGUUACGAAAGUUCAUUCACACUCAUUAUGUCUGGCAAUGUUUUUAAAAGUGGUUAUACAUAUCUUGAAAGCCGUUACCAAAGAAUGGUCUCCGUCAAUCUUUUACAUCAGAUCUAACAAAAACACACUCAAAAUAACCAUUCGUGUACAUGAAGACGCAAUAUAUUAUUAAUGGUUUCCAUUGCAAACAAGGUAGUUUCUUACGAUUUUGUGUGCGGGUGUACUUUUGUGGAGAACUUGCCCGGAAAACAUUAUUUGGAGUAUGCAGUUUAUAUAAUAUUUAUUCUUAAGAGAACAAUUGCAUUAAAUAUUGAGUUUGAAUGUACUUUCUGUUUAUUUUUUUAUUUUAUCUUUGUA